UCUUCCACAUGGGUAUCCAGCAUUGCGCCUCGAUCGCGAUCACAUAAUUUUAAAGAUCGUUCAAGGUAAUUUCGCGCUUUAGAGCUUUUGUGUAAAAUUGCUUGGCUCCCAUUUGCGUGGCCACAACAUUUCACGAGAGACUUUUUUUCUGCGAAUUUUAAUUUUAGUUUCAAUGCAGUCAUGACAGAAGUCGGGAAUGUGCUGAAGAUCGGUGUUUUCGGCUUGGCUAUCCUUGCCGUUUUAGGUGAUUUGUGUGAACCACAGGACGUUGAGAGUGUUGAGGUGAUUUGCCGGAAUGUGGAUUCAAUGGUGAAAGUAUCGAAGGAAUUGCAACCAACAUGGAGGAAGGUGAUCAUUGUGAAUGAUCGUCAAAGUUCAUUCACAAAUGCCGAGCAUGAAUCACCGAAUUUACGCUUCAUUGAGUACCUGGAUCUCUCCAAAGCCGGCGAACUUAUUAUCUCUGAUCACGGAUUUAGGGAUUUCUACUCACUCAGAACACUCGACAUUAGCAACACGGGUAUCCCUGCACUCAAGAGCAAUUGGUUUGAAAGAGAAAAUCUCAUUGCGAAACUCAUUGCUUCGGGAAAUUCCCUUCAAGAGCUACGAAAGGAUAAUGUGAAGAUCCUUUCUAAUGUUGUCAGCAUGGAUUUCAGUAGAAAUGAAAUAAAUUCCGUGGAAAAGAAUGCUUUUGCCACACUCCCGAUGCUUGAACAGUUAAAUUUUAACCUUAAUCAACUUCCUGAUUUGAAUCUCGGAGAAAUUCCUAAUCUCAAAUCUCUCACAGCCAUGGAUAAUUCCCUGGAUAAGCUAACAACUGGCGCAUUGGGUCAAAUGCCAAUGCUUCAAACAUUAAAUGUUGCUCAGAAUUUCAUCAAAACCAUCGAUCCUCGAUCCUUUGAGGGACUUACGUAUCUCAGAGUUCUCAAUCUAUCCGGAAACAGCAUUAAAACCAUCUUCCCGGAAAUCUUUAUGGGACUCUCCCGCGUUAGACUGAUGGAAUUAGACUUGAGCAAGAAUGACAUUGAGAAGAUUGAACCAAAUGGAUUUUCAGAGCUUAAGCUCCUUCGUUCCCUCAAUAUAUCACAGAACUCACUAACUUCCCUCUCACCGGAGAACUUUGAGGGAAUGCGCGGGCUACGGAAGCUCUUCCUCAAUACCAACGACAUCAUGAAUAUUCAACCAAGAACAUUCAGCACAAUGCCUCUUCUGGAAAUUCUCGAAAUCUCCGACAAUCACCUCCUAACGCUAAGUGAGGAAAUGUUCAGAGAAGGACUUCCACGGCUACGGAAGCUAAUGCUACAGCGAAAUAACAUUGCAACACUCCAACCGAGAACUUUUGAGCUCACCCCCAAUCUGGACUACCUAAGUUUGGCACAGAAUGAAAUUGAGGAAAUGCCACGAGAGGUUUUUGCGCCACUGAAAAAGCUAAAGAAGCUCCAUUUGGCACACAAUCACCUCGAGGAAUUCCUGCCUGAGCAUCUGAACCCUCUAGGACGCCUGGAAUCACUCCUAAUGGACUACAAUCGGCUAACUUUUAUUCCCAACAUCGAAAAUACCUUCCCAACGUUGCAGUACGUUUCCAUUGAGGGAAAUCCUUGGCAGUGUCCUUGCUUCAAUCAGCUUGUCCAGUGGCUAGCUAAUCGUCGCAUAGAAUACCGCAGAAAGACCCUCUUUGAUGGACAACGUCCUGUUUGUGUUGUAACAGGAGUGGAAUUUUGUGUUAAGAACAUUACAAUUGUACGAAAAUACGGCAUAAUGGAGCAAUUUGAGAAAGGACUGUGAUAAAAGGAUUUUCCUUUUAAAAUUCAUUUUUUGACAUUUUCUCUUAAAGAUUUCUCGAGAGUUUUGUUCGUUUUCAUUAAAUAAAUUAAAAAAAUAAA